CACCAUCAUCAGAGUGGAAACCUCGGGGGAUUUAAUAUUGUUGUUAAAGAAGAGUUUAAAGAGGAGGAGGAUGAGUGUGGAGUGAUGAAGGAGUCUUCACGAGGGCAGAAGGAUUUCUACAGGAAUGAUACGAUGGAGCCACCAGAGAGGUCUCACCUUCCUCAGUAUUCUCUUUAUUCCAAACAAGAUCACACCGUCCCUCACCAUGAUCAGAAUGGAAGCCUCGGGGAUUUAAAUAUUGUUAUUAAAGAAGAGUUUAAAGAAGAGGAUGAGGAGUAUGGAGUGAUGGAGCCGACUGAGAGAUGUCUUCAUUCUCAGGAUUCCCAGGAUUCCACACAGGAAGGUCUCACCAUCCCUCACCAUCAUCAGGGUGAAGAUCUGAUAAAAACAAAAGUCGAGAGUGAAGCAGAGGAGAUGGAUAGGAAGGUUGACGAGAAGUAUAUGGAGAAGGCUGAAACAGGAACAUUCGAAAAGGAGGACACUCCUACAGAGAUCAGCACAGGAAACGCCACGAAGAAACUGUCAAAGGAUCGUCUCACUUUAUCUCCAGGUUGUAAAAUGAAGGAUGAGGACACUAAAGAGAGUUCCAGAAUUCAGGAGGAGAAGCCGCAUUCCUGCCCCGAUUGCGGGAAACGUUUUGCAUCAAAGAUACUAGUUGGCAAACAUCAAAAAUCUCACUCGGGCGAGAAGCCGCACGCCUGCACCCACUGCGGCAAGUGUUUCGCCACGCGAACGCUAGUUGCCAGGCAUCAGAGAUCUCACACGGGGGAGAAGCCGUAUUCCUGCUCUGAGUGCGGGAAACGUUAUUCGCAAACAUCCAAACUUAUUAGACACCAGAGAUCCCACACGGGGGAGAAGCCAUUCUCCUGCCCUGAGUGUGGGAAAUGCUACCCGGCAAAAUACGAACUGGUCGCACAUCUAAAAUGUCACACGGGGGAGAGGCCGUUUGCCUGCGCAGAGUGCGGGAAAUGUUUUAAAGAGAAGUCCCAUCUGAACACACACUUAAGAUCCCACACGGGGGAGAAGCCGCAUCCCUGCCCUGAGUGUGGGAAAUGUUUCAAAGAGAAGUCCCAUCUCUACACCCACCUGAAAACUCACAAGGGGGAGAAGCCAUAUUCCUGUGCGGAUUGUGGGAAACGUUUUUCUGAGAAGUACCAUCUUAACAGUCAUCGGAAAAUUCACACGGGGGAGAAGAUGCACCCUUGCACCGAGUGCGGGAAAAGUUUUCCUAUGGCGUCCCACCUUUUAAUACAUCAGAGAAAGCACACUGGGGAAAAGCCGUUUCCCUGCCCUCAGUGCGGGAAAUGUUUUGUUAGGAAAUCUCACGUGGAUAGGCACCAAAAAUCUCACACGGGGGAGAAACCGUUUUCCUGUGCCGAGUGCGGGAAAAGUUUUUCGCAGAAGUGCCAUCUUACCAAACACCAAAAAGAGCACACUGGCGAGAAGCCGUUCCCCUGCCCCGAGUGCGGGCAAUGUUUUACUCACAAAUCGCUGCUAGAAAGACAUCACAGGUCCCACACGGGGGAGAAGCCGUUUUCCUGCCCCGAGUGCGGGAAAGGUUUUUCGGAUAAGGCCAAACUCUCUAGGCAUCAGAGGCUGCACACGGGCGAGAAACCGUAUUCCUGCCCCGAGUGCGGGAAAUGCUAUCCGCAGAAAUCAGAACUUGAUAUACAUCAGAGGUCUCACACGGGGGAGAAGCCGUAUUCCUGCCCUGAGUGCGGGAAGCGGUUUACACAGAAAUCUCAUGUCUCCAGACAUCAGAGGUCCCACACGACCGUGGAGGUGAUUGUGUCCUGAGUAUGGAAAAUGGUUUCUAUACCAGGCAGUGACAUACAUGGUAGAAAACGCAUAGCUAACUACUCCUCUAACUGUCAAAUUCAAGGAAAGAGGGGGGAGGGGCGUGUCAUUUCUGGAUUGUUCUUCUUCCCAUGUAGUCUGAUCUCCCCUGCCAUUUAACACAAGCCUCAAAGAAAGGAGUCAUGGUGAGGAACAUGCUAGAUAUUACUUGGGGGGUGAAGAGUGGGGGCAUCACACUACUUGGUGCCAGGACUAUUCAGUACAGCUAUAAGCCUGCACAGGCAGAUGCAUUGGCUUGUAGGCUGCCACCUGCUGCCUGAAAAUGGUAAAUAUGACAUUUUCAGAGCUAACAUUUUAAUUUUACUUGUUAAAACAUACAAAUAUAUUAACACCAAUUAUUUUUUUAGCAUGAAACCUAGAUAUUCAAGUUCAUUUUAUUCCUUGUAUGAUUAAUAAAAGUGUGCUUUCGGAUUUGCUUUAU